AGCAUGAAGUUAGUACACUUUUUUCCCUUCCAUCGCUGUACCUUAAAAAUUUCUUGUUUCAAGUGGUUCUCAGCUUCGGAUCAACUUAAGUUUUGUUUAGAUUUUCUUAUCAAUACAACACCAUGAUUUUGGAUAGAAUUGAGGUCAGCCGGAGUUCUGAGACAGCCCUAUAGAUAGUUUUUAUUGUCAUCGAAACAUUUUUCCGUCGUUCUCAGCCAAAGAAUAUUGCGCGAAUAUUGCGCGAAUUCACCCAAUUUGCCUUGAUUAGUCAUAAUAUGAUCUCUAUUGAUGAUUUUAAAACUAGGUGGCUGUAAAGUUUUGCACCCCCUAUUUUUUACAUUUAGUAGGAAAAGAAUAGUAUGCUGUGUAUCUGGACUUCAUGGCUCCUGUCAAUUGUGUAGGAUAGUGUUCUACAUAUUAUAUCCCAAUUUCGUAAUUUUUUGAUUACUCGAUCAAAAUUUAUGACGAAAACUAAGGUGGCUGUAAAGAUUUGCACCUGACUGUACAUAAUAAGCCGAAAUUUGUUGGAUGAACAAACUCGAUGUCAAAAACAAAUCUAACGUUAUCAGGCGAUGCACACAUGACGUCGGUUCACGCAUCCAGCAACCAAAAUAUCCCAUUUACUGACGAUGAAAUUUCCAAUAUUCCGCUUAUGUAUACGGAUGGAAAGAACAACCUGCAAAACUCGGUAAUAUCAACACUUGUGGAUAUAAUUUUGAACACCGAGGAUGCAAGUGCUAACUACACAGAAAUCUUGGACUCGAUGCCUAUCAGUCAAGAAAAGAAAGAGGAAAUAAGACCUCAAGCAUCUUUCGGUCGGAACCGUAAAUUGCGCAAAAAGUAUCGAGCUAUAAUUAAAGCAGUUGCGGCGGAAAAGGGGACGGAUGCAAAGAUGAAAGUAAUAUUAGACGUACUACUUGAAAUUAGGUGGAUAGCGUGCCGCGACACAAUUCUAGCCGUGGAAUGGCACAAAAUCCCAGGAUUGAAAGAAGCGAUGACGCCCAAGGUUCCUGUGGAUUCGGAAACUGUCGGCGCAACCCAGAUCUUUGAUGAGGUAGAUGAACCGCCACAACCUUGCUCAGCCUCGACCAGUACCUCGGUUGUUGUGUCCACAGCUAACUCUAACAGACCCCCGUUGGGAAAUCCUGUACACGAAGUUAUCAACCCGCGAGGAUCUGAAGAGAUUGGAGGUCUCAACGAAUCAGAGCCGUUGAAAUCUUCAGGAGAAACAAGACCACGCAAAAUUAGCAAGAGAUUCGACACAACCCGGCAGAGACAAACCCAAUUUACUUGUAUAUUAUUUCCUCCGAUUGGCGGCGCCAUACUAUUACUAAAAACUAUACCAACGUAUCAUUUUGCCGGGCCGCAUAUGGAUCGUUCAGACACGUCGACUAAUUCAUAUAGCACGACUGAAAUGCCAAGAUCGUUAUGCAAAGUGAACCCGUCGGUAAAGCUUGAUGAUACUUAUUUUCCUGUCAACGCAACCGAGCUUCUUCCAGAUUGGAAUAAAACCAUACUCGAUCUAUGUCACGAUCCCGAAACGAUUUUAAUCGUGACAGUAGCCUUAAUACAAAAUAAAUCGCAAGAAAUCCGUUGUCCCGAGCGGUCACUGGACUUAGCAUUUUUGUCGCGUUAACAGACGCCGAGCUGCAAGCGUUCUUUAACACAUUCUGUCAGAUUAUACAAAUCUCAUUUGUUGAUUUGGCCGUUUGCCAAGUAUCAAAUGGUACUGAUAUUCGGAAAGAAAUAAUUCUUGCUACAAACUUGCAGGCCAUUAGUUUCGAGAAGUUAGAAAACUGUUCAAAAUUUUAUGAACGACUAGGGUAUUCCUUAAAGGCUCCUAGAUUUACAAGGGUUAGUUUUAAAUGCACAUCCUUUAACAAGGAUGACUUGAAAAGUCUCGAGUAUUUUUUUCUACGACAGCCCAAUGCCACUAGGGUAAAAUGUUCCGAUAACAAUGGGUGUGUCGAUCUUAAUUUGUCCGUAAGGCAAACUGAAUCCAAUGUUGUUUCAUGCAUGUGAGGCGAGAGAUAUUUAUCCAUUGGCGACGCGAUAAAUUUUUUUAGAACAGGCAAUAAAACAUAGAAUUAAUGAUUAAUCAGUUUUCCUAUUAUCUGUCAUUGGAUUUGAGGUCUUGGUACGUUUUCCAAAUUUUGGCCGACGAAUUGAAUCCUUCAAACGUGUUCAAAAUUUGCGUCGCCAGGACCGUAGGAUCUUUCCUCUUUUGGAGCAAGUAUUGUACUGAGCAGGUUAGGUUUCCGGGAAAUGUAUUUAAUUGGAAUAUUCGAAAUUGUAUCGCUUAGUUAAUUAGGGAGAAAAUUGUUAUGACAACAAUUAAGUAGGUACACAAUUUUAAAUAAAUAUUGUUACUUAUUUGUAUGUAAAUAA